UGUAGUACUACAUACACGCUCAUGUCGUCACAGCUGGGAGUGUCGCAGGCCGGGGCACGACGACGCAUCCUAGACGGGGUGGGAGCCGUGCACAAGCAGGAGUGGGAAGAUGGCAGCCUGCCAUCCCUGCGCGAGAAACACGACAUCACGUGUCCGGACGCGGUGUCUAUGAUGAGCAACGUGGAUAAUCAUAUACAGUACAUCGGCAGCUCUGUCGGCUAUCUACACGAACAGUGCAAGACGCAUCCUGUUAUCUUGCAGACGGGCAAGGAGAACACGAACGUCGUGAGCCUCUACGAUAAGACCCACUCGGCGAUGACGGGAGUGAGAGAGCUUCACGGUCGCCUAAACGCCUUCAAACAACAUCUAGAAAAC